AUGCCGCAGAUCUGCGCAGGUGCUGCGGCGAGCUGUGUGUGUGGUAGUUACCUUCAGUUCUAUACUGAUGUCGUAUCGAUUUUACGCCCCAUUCCGGCGGCAGUGCUCUUGACCUGGAGUCUCCUGGUCCCCGGCCUCACGCGCAAGAGUCAGAUCCGGAAUGCAAGGGCCAGCCGAGUACCCAUUUUGCUGAAGAGAAGGGUAUCCUACUGGUAG